CCAUCUUAUUCCCGGGAUCUUGAUUAUCGCACGGCGAAUCCUCGCUCAGGUCGAGCAAAUCGCCUACCUCUUGAGUCUUUAUCAUCUCUUUGCUUACUUCGUUGGUGUUAUCUGGUCGUUCUAUAUAUACAUUCACCGGCGACAAUGCCUUGAUUACACGCUCGUCGUCUGGCUCCGCGCCUGUCUUGUUGCUGCGCAGAAGUUUAGACUUUUCGUGGAUGAAGUCGUACAUCGUGUCGAGCUUCGCCUUGGGGAUCUUCUCCACGACCGGGUACUUGGAAGCGCCCAUGAUUCGGUUACUCUUGCACCAGUAGUAGAACGUGUCGAGCUCGUCGUACUGCUGCGAAACUUGGAAGAAGAUCCUAUGAACUUGAACCAUGUCCAACACUUCGAGCUGCAUGAACCGGUCGAUCAAGAUUCGUUACCAGUGGGCUUGCAUGCGAGAAACUUCUCGAGAAGCCGCAUGAGGCGAUGCACCCUGGCGAAUACGGCGUCGUUGCUCAUAUCGUGCACGGGAUUCGUUGUCGAGACGGCGGCAGAGGCGGUCUCGGCCUGGUGCUGCAUUAUUCUGAAGUCGAGGUGGUCGUCGACGUACUGGGCGAAGGUGCGGACGAAGGCGGAGAAGUCCCAGGAGUCGGCCUUGGAGGUGGCGUCGCGGAAGGUGGACAUGUUGAGGAAGCGGGAGCCGUGGCGGGAGGCGGAGAAGAGCUCGUGGCGGUAGCAAUGGUGGGCGUCGUUGAUGAGGCGGUGGACGAGGAGGAGGGUCUUGAGCGCCACCGCCCAGUUCCUGGUCUUGCUGAGGCGGUGGCCGAUCUUGGCGACGCAGGCGGCGACGAGGGGGCGGGAGAAGGCAAUGAGGCGGAUGAUCUCCCGCACGUGCCGCUCGUGCGGGGGCCGCUCGUCGUGGCUGGUGGCCUUGAUGACGGCGAUCUCCAGGUCCGACACGCUGUUGCUGCCGGCGACCAGCGCCAUUCCGAUGCUCGUCUGGUCCUUCACCAGCCCGAUGGCCUUUCGCAUCUUGCUUGGCCCCAUCGAAGAUCGAUCAGGGAGAAUUAAUGAAUUAUUGGAUUCUAAUAAUUAAUUGGAUUGAAUGAUGAUAUUGGUGUGUUUGUUGUCGUCGGUGAUCUGAUUUGAUCGACGCAGGGUGUUUCUGCGGAAGUUUCUGAGCUAGAAUGAAGGGCAUCCGUUGGAAGUCAAUGGGCAGCCAGGCCAGGAGGACGUUUCCUCCGCCAACACAGACAGAUAGACAGGUUUACUAAAGUCGCGUUUUUAAAUGUGGAACAGCUGUCGCUUUUCUAAAAUCGCGUUUGCAGCACUCUCUUUUUUUCCU